AUGAGUUCUAUAGAUAAUGACAGCGAUGUGGAUUUAACAGAAGAUUUAGCCGUGGCCAAGAUCGUUAAAGAGAAUCCUGUAGCUAGAAAAAUGGUUAGGUAUAUUUUAUCGAGAGGAGAAUCUCAAAAUUCGAUCAUAACAAGAAACAAGUUACAAUCUGUUAUACAUGAAGCUGCUCGCGAGGAAAACAUAGCAAAACCGUCUUUUAGUAAAAUGUUUAUGGACAUAAAUGCUAUACUGUAUAACGUAUAUGGGUUUGAAUUACAAGGAUUGCCGUCAAAAAAUAAUAUGAACGCUGGCGGUAAUGGAAGCAAUAGCAAUACAAAUAAAUCAAUGCCUGAGCCACUGGGACAUAGAGCCCAGAAAUUUAUCUUGCUAAACAAUGUCCCGCACUCAAAAAAUUUUGACGAUUUCAAGAUUUUACAAAGCGCUCACACUUAUGAAGAGCUAAUAGUUACCGGAGAGUAUAUUGGUGACGAUAUAGCUUCAGGAACUUCCAAUACCUUAGAAAGCAAGUUGAGUACAGAUCGAGAUCUUGUUUACAAGGGUGUUUUGAGCGUCAUUUUAUGCAUUGUUUUCUUCUCUAAGAAUAACAUAUUACAUCAGGAAUUGAUCAAAUUUCUAGAGACAUUUGGCAUUCCAAGCGAUGGUUCAAAGAUUGCUAUACUGAACAUUACUAUUGAAGAUUUGAUAAAAAGUUUAGAAAAGCGCGAAUAUAUAGUCAGAUUGGAGGAGAAAUCCGAUACCGACGGGGAAGUGAUAUCAUACAGGAUAGGUAGAAGAACUCAGGCUGAGCUUGGACUAGAGUCUCUUGAAAAAUUGGUGCAAGAAAUCAUGGGCCUUGAAAAGGAGCAGACUAAAAGUUUGCACGAUGAUAUAAUAAAAAGCAUUGGCGAUUCAUAUUCUAUAUAG